AUGCUGUUGACGAGAUUUCAUCGGAGAUCUGGAAGUGAAGGAGGCUUCAUCACAUGGAGCUCGAGUGGAAGAAAGAGGAGUCACAUGGCUUUCGGGUCUUGCCGGCGACGGAAGAAUCCGGAUCUUGAGAGGACAAGGUCGGAAGAAAGAAAGGUAGCCGCCUGCAACUUUGAGUCUUACCAGCGUCAGAGGAGACAUCCAGCGAUGGGUUUUAUUUGGGCUAUCUCAUGGCACCACAAAGAUGUCGGGGAUGUGAAUUUGAUGUCGAGCUACACUGUCUUGAAUCUUGAUGGCACCACAAAGCUGUUGGGAUCGCUGCCAAUGAUUACCACCUCUUUGUCAUCAGAUUCCAAAGAAGUAAAGCUUCAGGAGACGUUGGUGAGGGAAAAGGUAGCAUAG